CAAAAGCCUAAAGCCCUCAAAGCGGCAAGCAAACGCGGAACAUUUCUCGAAACUACGUCGUUUCAGUCCUCCUUUGCUGCUCAUCUCGAAAAUUCCUUGAGUCAUUUUUGGCGAUCCCAAUGCUCCCUGUGUACAGUCGUUCAGAUCUGUUGUUAGAUUGUUGACGCUUGUGUCGGAUUCUCUGCGAUUGAGAUCUGUUUCUUUUCCUCUACAGAAUUCAGUUCAUAUGAGAAUUUUGGGUUUUCGGAGGUGGAGGUGUUUCUCAUUCUUUUACCUGCUCUGGUUCAGCAGUAGUAUGAAUUGAUGUACGAUGCAGAGAUCACGUAGAGCUCUUCUGCAACGAAGAGCUUUAGAGAAAGCUAUCAUCGGCCGGAGUCGGUUGUAUAAGGUUUCAUUGUCUUUGGUCUUUGUGUUGUGGGGCCUUGUCUUUCUUUUGAGCUUAUGGAUCAGUCAUGGUGAUGGAUACCAAGAUGGAUCUGGCAUGCCUCUCAUUGGCAUAUCAACUUGGGAUGAAGCAAAGCAGGGCCUUAAUCUAGGUUCUUGUUCUGUUGAUGAACAUUCUUUGAUAGAAACCAAUUCUGACAAUUCUUAUGAAGGUUCCAGAAAUGAUGCUGAAACUAAGGAUUUCACCAAUGAAUUACAUAGCAAAGGAAAUGUAAAAUCUACCUUGCCUGUUGAGGAGGGAUCUGAGGUGGAGAAAUCCAGUUCAGAUGUAAAAUCCGAAAAGGAUACCCCAAAGAAUGACAGGUUAUCCCGUGCUGUGCCACCGGGCCUUGAUGAAUUCAAGAGCAAGGCAAUUAGUUAUAAAAGUAAAUCUGUAACUGGUCAGGCUGGAAACGUCAUACAUAGAGUAGAGCCUGGGGGUGCAGAUUACAAUUAUGCUUCAGCUUCAAAGGGAGCGAAGGUCUUGGCUUCUAACAAGGAAGCAAAGGGUGCUUCAAAUAUUUUAGGCAAAGACAAGGACAAGUACCUUAGAAAUCCCUGUUCUGCUGAAGAGAAAUUUGUCGUUAUUGAACUUUCAGAAGAAACCUUGGUGGAUACUAUUGAAAUUGCAAAUUUUGAGCAUUACUCUUCUAAUCCAAAAGAUUUUGAGUUGCUGGGCAGUUCGGUUUUUCCAACAGAUGAGUGGGUCAAGCUUGGGAAUUUUACUGCUGCAAAUGUGAAGCAUGCUCAGAGGUUUGCUCUUCACGAGCCAAAAUGGGUGAGAUAUCUAAAGUUAAAUCUACUGAGCCAUCAUGGUACAGAAUUCUAUUGCACACUGAGUGUUGUGGAAGUAUAUGGAGUGGAUGCUGUUGAGCGAAUGCUGGAGGAUUUGAUCUCUGUUCAAGAUAAUCCAUUUGUACCUGAGGAAAUUACUGCUGAGAAAAAGUCAAUUCCCUCCCAGCCGGAGCCCACUGAGGGUAAUAAUCUGUAUCAGAAACCUGUUAGUGAAACAGAAUCUGACCCUCUACUUGACAAACCUGAAGCUAUUAAAAGUAACAUGCCAGAUCCAGUUGAAGAAAUUCGUCAUCAACAGGUUGGAAGGAUGCCUGGGGACACUGUUCUUAAGAUACUGAUGCAAAAAGUUCAAUCACUUGAUUUAAGUUUGUCUGUUUUGGAGCGAUACCUGGAGGAUUUGAACUCCAGAUAUGGUAACAUUUUCAAAGAAUUUGACAAAGAAAUUGAGGAGAAAGAUGUUCUUCUGGAGAAUAUAAGAUCAGACAUAAGGAACUUCCUUGAUAGCAAGGAGAUUAUUACCAAAGAUGUCAGUGAUCUUAUUUCAUGGAAAUCCCUUGUUUCCCUACAGUUGGAUAAUCUACUCAAGGACAAUGCUCUUCUCAGAGCGGAGGUCCAAAAGGUUCAGGAGGACCAGACACACAUGGAGAAUAAGGGUAUUGCAGUGUUUCUUAUAUGCCUAAUUUUCGGAUUCUGGGCUUUUGCGAGGCUAUUGGUAGAUAUGAUGUUGAGUGUUUACAUGGCGGUGAGUGUUAAUAAUAGAUCAGAUAAAUCCAGGAAUUUUUGUGGGACGAGCUCUUCCUGGGUAUUCCUGCUAUUGAGCUGUAGCAUUAUUAUUGUGAUCCUGUCAUUAUAAUUAUGGUAAUAUAUUUAUAUAUCUAUAUAUCAAUUUUCCUCA